UCAACAAUAAUAUUAUGAACUCACACACAAAAUAACCAAAUCAAAAUAAAUAUAAAAAUCAAAUCAAAUUUUUUUACCGUCCACAUAUAUAGUAGCUUGAUCACCAUUCUUCCAUGACUAAUAUAUCUCGAUGUUGAACGAGCAAAGAGCGAGAAACAACACUCACAAUCAAGACAAUUCCGAUGAAUCAUCGACGAUGAGAGACAUCCACGCCUUGACGCCGCCGCCCUCAUCAUCUCUAUCCAUGGCGUCGUCAGCCUCCGGUGAGAAUUUCACCAGCAUCAGCCGCGAGUUCAACGCUCUAGUCCUGGCCGGCUCCCGCUUUCGAGCCGACCAGAACCAGACCGGACUCGACCCGGCCGGCUUGGGCCGCAUCGGGGAGGACCGCCACUCGGCCGAGCCGCUCGAGACCAACCCCUUAGCCAUCGUCCUCGAUCCCAAUCCGCUGCAGUCGCCACCGCGGGAGGUGGUGACAGUGCAGCGAGUGAAGAAAGAGGAAGCGGAGACCAAGAUUAAUGCGUGGCAGAAUGCGAAGAUAGCCAAGAUAAACAACCGGUUUAAGAGAGAGGAAACCGUAAUCAACGGUUGGGAAGAUAAGCAAGAGCAUAAGUCUUCUUCAUGGAUGAAACAUGUUGAGAGAAACAUAGAGGAAAAGAGAGCAAAAGCAUUAGAAAAGAUGAGAAAUGACAUAGCAAAAGCCCACAGAAAAGCCGAAGAGAAAAGGGCAUCUGCUGAGGGCAAAAGAGGCACUAAAAUUGCUAGGGUUCUUGAAAUAGCCACUUUCAUGAGAGCCAUGGGGCGAGCUCCUUCCAAGCGCUCUUUCUUCUAAGCAUCGGUCGUCUCGCAUGUGUGUCAUGGCGCGAUAGCAAACCAACUCCCGAGGGUUUUGAGUGCGCUCGUCUUCGAACGGUCUAUCCAUUGAUUAAAUAGAGCUCAUUCUACUCCUUGUUUCUUUUACUUAGCAUAUCGCAUGUACAACAUAAUACUGCAAUAGUACUAAUAGAAUGUAUUAUGUA